AUGGUUAAAGCGGCUGUUCUUGGCGCCUCGGGCGGUAUCGGCCAGCCUCUGUCUCUCUUACUGAAGACUUCCCCGCUCGUCGAUGAACUUGCGCUCUACGACGUCGUCAAUACACCGGGUGUCGCCGCGGAUCUUUCCCACAUCUCUUCCGUCGCUAAAAUCACCGGCUAUUUACCCAAGGAUGAUGGCUUGAAGCAUGCUCUCAGUGGGGCGGAUAUCGUCGUAAUUCCUGCUGGAAUUCCACGCAAGCCCGGAAUGACCCGUGAUGACCUUUUCAAGAUCAACGCUGGUAUUGUGCGGGAUCUAGUCAAGGGGAUCGCCGAAUUCUGUCCCAAGGCGUUCGUUCUGAUCAUCUCCAACCCUGUCAAUUCAACGGUUCCCAUUGCUGCAGAAGUGCUCAAAGCCGCUGGCGUCUUCGACCCCAAGCGCCUCUUUGGCGUGACUACUUUGGAUGUUGUACGUGCGGAGACUUUUACUCAAGAAUUCUCAGGUCAGAAGAACCCAUCCGCUGUUCGGAUUCCAGUUGUGGGUGGCCACUCCGGAGAAACCAUUGUCCCUCUCUUCAGCAAGGCUACACCAGCCUUUGAGAUCCCAUCAGACAAGUAUGAUGCCUUAAUCAAUCGUGUCCAAUUCGGUGGGGAUGAAGUUGUGAAGGCCAAGGAUGGCGCUGGCUCCGCUACUCUGUCCAUGGCUUUCGCUGGUUUCAGAUUUGCCGAGAGCGUGAUCAAGGCUUCCAAGGGCCAGGCGGGCAUUGUGGAGCCCACAUUUGUGUAUCUGCCUGGAGUUCCUGGCGGUGACGAGCUUGUUAAGGCAACAGGUGUCGAAUUCUUCUCUACUCUUGUGGCACUUGGGGAGAAUGGUGCAGAGAAGGCAAUCAACGCUUUGGAUGGAAUUACAGACCAGGAGAAGAAGCUCUUGGAGGCUUGCAACAAGGGUCUGAAAGGCAACAUCGAGAAGGGCAUCGACUUCAUUAAGAACCCCCCACCAAAGUAA